UCAUCUUUCUUAGACUUUUUGCUAUUUUCUAAUCAUAGUGGUUGUUAAACAAACAUUAACUACUAUAGGACAAAGAUUUUGAUUAUUUAGUCGUAUCUGUUGAGUACAGCAUAUGUACUUUAUCUGUCGUUUUUUGUUGCCCUAGUUAGAAAAUGAAUUAAGUAUUGUGUUUCCCUAGUUAGAAAAUGAAUUAAGUAUUGUGUUGACCUAACAGGAAAUGUCUAAGUUUAAAGUUAUUUUCUACACAAGGGGCAAGUUUGUAAAAGACCCUGAACUGAAAUACGAUGGUGGGGACAUGUAUGCUUUUAGUGGUCAAGAUAGUGACUAUUGGUCUUUCUUUGAGGCCUGUGAUUUAGUUAAGAGUAUUGACCCUGAAUUUGAUUUUGAGAUGGUUAAGAUGUGGUGGAAACAUGAAGCAGGAUCAUUUGAAGCUGAUUUAAAUCCAUUCAGAGAUGAUGGAGAUUCUGCUGAGUUGGCUGCUUAUGCUGUUGGUCAUGGAGCUGAAGUUGAGAUAUAUUGUGAGCCAAAACCAGAUGAAGGAGAGCUGACUUUUAUGGAAUCUGUUAGGCAAAAAGGGAAGGGUAAGGCUUGUGCAUCAGAGAAGGAACCAUUACAUGAAUGCAGUGGAGAUUCAAGUGAUGAGAGUAUCAAGGAUGUACACUUUGAUGACAGUGAGGAAGAAAGGAUGAAUGGGUUUGAAGAUGACUUUGAGGAACUAGUGGGUGUAGGUAAAACUAGUGAAGUCAGGAGUCCACCUGUUACAAACAAUGCUGUCCCUAAUGAAACAGACAAUAACAUAUUUAUUACAGAUGAGAUGGGCAAGGCACAUGUAAUUGAGGAGGAAUACAUGACAGAUGAAUUGGACAGUGGAGCUGAUGAUGAUAGUGGUGAUGACAGACCAUGUGUUAUAAGGUUCAAUGCAGAAGAAUCUUUCACAAAAGAUUUUGUUUUUAAAGUUGGAAUGGAGUUUCGUUCACUUAAGCAGUUUAAAGAUGCUAUACUAGAGCACAAUGUUCUUAAUGGGAGGGAAGUUAAGUUUGUAAAGAAUGAUGCCAAUAGAUGUAGGGUUGUAUGUAAGGAUAAGGAGAAGUGUGAUUACACUGUGCUAUGUAGUAGAGUCCUAACAUCCACUACUUUUAGGAUUAAAACCUUGUAUUCUAAGCACAAGUGUGGAAGACAGUUCUUUAAUAGAUGUGCUAAAGCUGAUUGGGUGGCUAAGGUCAUUGUUGAUGGGUUGAAGAACAACACAAAGAUGAAGUUGAAUGAUGUGGUGGCAGAUGUUAGGCUUAGAUAUGCAACAGAAAUUCCAGGUUGUAGGGCAUUCAAGGCAAGGCAGAUUGCUAGACAGAUUGUGGAAGGUGACUCUAGUCAGCAAUUCAACCUCCUUUGGUCUUAUGGUGCUGAGUUAAGAAGGGCAUCCCCAGGGAAUACAUUCAAACUCAAUACAACAUGUGCUGGUGAAGGGUUAAAUCCAAGAUUUGAGAAGUGUUAUAUGUGUUUUGAUGGGACUAAGAUGGCAUUAAAAAAAGCAUGUAGACCUUUCAUUGGAUUGGAUGGAUGUCACUUGAAGCAUAAAUAUGGUGGAAUUCUGCUCAUUGCUGUAGGAAGAGAUCCAAAUGAUCAGUACUUGCCAAUUGCAUUUGCAGUUGUAGAAAAUGAAUCAAAGGACACUUGGAGCUGGUUCAUGAAGUUGUUGUUGGAAGAUAUUGGUGAUGGAAGAUGGUGUUUUAUCUCUGACCAGCAAAAGGGUCUGGUCAAUGUGUUUGAUGAGGAAUAUCCUUCCUUUGAGCAUAGAUUCUGUUUAAGGCAUCUUUAUGCUAACUUCAAAAAGAAGUUUGGUGGAGGGACAUUGUUUAGGGAUCUAAUGAUGGCUGCUGCUAAGGCAACUUAUUAUGAGGCACAUGAGGCAAAGAUGCUCAUGAUCAAGGAAGCAAAUGUGGAUGCUUAUGAGUGGCUGCAGGCAAUCCCCAAACACAAGUGGUGUAAGCAUGCAUUUCCUUUCUACUCAAAAUGUGAUGUUUUAAUGAAUAAUCUUAGUGAAUCAUUUAAUGCUACCAUACUUUUGCAAAGAGACAAACCAAUUAUAACAAUGUUUGAGUGGAUCAGAAACUACUUGAUGGGUAGGUUUGCAACACUUAGGGAAAAGGUGAAUGCUUAUAAGGGUUAUGUAAUGACCAAACCAUUAAGGAGACUAGAUAGAGAAAUAGAGAAAAGUGCUAGUUGGACAGCUACGUAUGCUGGUAGGUUAACAUUUCAGGUAACACAUGUGCUUUUCACUGAUAGCUUUGUAGUGGACCUAGAAAAACACACUUGUUCAUGUAACUAUUGGGAGUUGAUUGGGAUACCAUGUAGGCAUGCUGUAGCAGCCAUUCAUAGGAAAGUUGAUGACCCAGUUAAGUAUGUGCACAAAUGUUAUCUUAGGACCACUUAUGAACACUGUUAUAGUGAGGUGAUAACACCUUUGAAUGGGCAAAAUAAGUGGCCUAAGACAACACAUCCUAUUAUCAUGCCACCAUUGUUCAAACGUGGCCCAGGGAGGCCCAAAAAACUACGCAGGAGAGAACCUGAUGAGGCAAAUCAAACCAAGUGGCAAAGAACAAAUACAUCCCACAGAUGCAAGAUAUGCUUUGUACUAGGUCAUAACAAGAGGACCUGCAAGAAAAAUAAGCAAAUAGUUGCUGUAUCUGCUGCAAGAACAUCACAAGAGGCUCCAACACAAGAGGCUCCAACACAAGAGGCUCCAACACAAGAGGCUCCAACACAAGAGGCUCCAACACAAGAGGCUCCUACUCAGGCUAGUCAAACAAGCAAAAAAAGGGGGAGGCCUACAGGGUCUAUCAACAAGAAAAAGAAAGAUAAAGUGGCACCCAAGACAAAAAAAUCUAAGACUGUUGAACCAGAAUGUGAUGCAGCUGCAAAUGCUGUUCCUGAUGCAGUUCCUGAAAAGGAUGACGUCCAAGCUGAUAUUCCUAUGCAAGAUGAUGUUCCAGUUCCUGAUUCUGUUCCUGAAAAGGCUGAUGUACAAGCUGAUAUCCCUGUGCAAGAUGCUGACCCUGUUCAAGAUGAUGUUCAAAAUGCUGUCCCUGUACAAGAUGAUGUUCAAGAUGCUCCCAAUACUGACAUCAAUGAUUCACAGUCGUCUCUUAAAAAGUAUUGUGGUAUAGAUGCUGAAACAUUGGCUAAGAUUCUUGAUGAUGAUGAAAUUCUAGAUGUUCAACCAUUGAAUGUUGACACAUCUCCUGUGAAAAGAACAGUCAAAACUUUUGUUGGUAAAGCUCCAAAGGUGGUCAAGAAAACUUCCAAAUCCACUGCUUCUUCUUCAUCCAGGCCAACAUGUUCAGAACCUGUCAAAAAACCAAUCCAGAAGCAUAAGCCCAAGAAGAUUGUUGAUAUGGGUGUUCAAAAAAGGCAGAGUGACAGACUUAGGACCAUAAAAACAAAGAAUAUACCUGGCCCUGGAAAGAAGCCUGAUGACCCUUUGGUCAUUUAUGAAGAUGAAGCAACCUCAGACCAAUCCAUGGGUGGGAAGCAGUCAGAAGAUUGGGAGGCCAUUUGCAAAAGGAUGACUCAGUAGGAUGACUUAGUGAUGCCAUGUUGUUUAGUUUGAAUGAACUCAGUAGGAAAAAUGUUAUGUUUGUAAUGUUAGUGAGGCUAGUCCUCUAACUAUUUUCAUGUUACUGCUAUCUGCCUUGUGUUUUGUGAACAUAUGUAUCAAAACUAAUGUUAUGUCAAUGGUUUU